GUCGCCGAGCAUGCGGAUUUAUUUUGUGUCAGUCUGCAGGCAGUUCUGUUUAUGGAGAAAGGAAAAGGAAAGUAAACAGAUGCUUAAUCUCAUCGGACAGAACAGUGAUCCUCGUCGUACCUGGUAGUUGUAUAUACGCUGAGUUGGACAAGGAUGUACCCAACCUCCUGCGACACUUUUGUAGCCUUGCCUCCAUCUACAGAGGGUCAGCGGAUAGUCUUCGGAAAGAACUCGGACAGACCCUGCGAUGAAGUUCAAGAGGUGGUCUACUUCCCUGCUAAGAGCCAUGAACCAGAAGAAAAAGUUGAGUGUACAUAUAUAGAGAUAGAGCAGGUGGCUCAGACGUAUGCAGUGGUCCUGAGUCGUCCCGCCUGGCUGUGGGGGGCAGAGAUGGGGGCAAACGAGCAUCAGGUGUGCAUCGGGAACGAGGCGGUUUGGGGGAAAGAGAGUGCGGAUGGUGAAGAGGCUCUCCUGGGCAUGGAUCUCGUCAGGCUGGCUCUGGAGAGGGCCGACAGUGCGGAGCGGGCUGUAGACGUGAUAACACAGCUGCUGGAGCAACACGGCCAGGGAGGGAACUGUAUGGAGGAUGAGUGUGGAUUCACAUACCAUAACAGCUUCCUCAUAUCAGACCGCACAGAGGCCUGGGUGCUGGAGACUGCUGGGAAAUACUGGGCAGCAGAGAGAGUGGAGGCCGGCUAUAGGAACAUCUCCAACGAGUACUCCAUCACUACUAAGAUCGAUAAGGAGCACGCGGAGUUGAGGACGUACGCACAGCAGCAGCGCUGGUGGAAUGGAAAGGCUGAGUUCAGCUUUGCUAAGGUUUACUCCUACUCAACCACGGCCCGGAUCGAGGCGGCAGAGGGACGCUACUGUGAGGGACGCAAACUUCUGCAGAAGAGCGAGGGCCACAUCACAGCAGAGAGCAUGAUGGAUAUUUUGAGGGAUAAGGAAAGUGGAAUCAAUAUGGAGGGAAUGUUCAUGACUACAGGAAGUAUGGUGUCUGUCAUCCCGAAAGACCAGAAUUUACCUGGCGUCCACUUCUUCACUGCUACUCCAGACCCUGACAGGUCUGUCUUUAAGCCGUUUAUUUUUGUAGUGGACAUAAAGCAGCUGAAGCAUACGUGUUCUCCGUGUUUUGGAGAGGAGGAUCCUGUGAAGAAGAAACCCCGUUUCCAGAGCAAACCCAACCGCAAACACCCUCUGUUUCUGAAACACGAGGUGGCCGCCGCCAUCAUCGACAGCACCAGGGAGAGAGGAGAGCGGAUCGUAGAGAAAAUGAGAGCUCUGGAGAAGCAGAAGCUGGCAGAGAUGGAGAAAUAUCUCACUGAGGGGAUUGAAGAUGCAACGCUGCCGGUUCAUCUCUUCACAGACACUGUAGAUGAGGAGUUUAGUAUUUACAGCAGCGCCUGAGACUCCAAUUCUAAAAACGUGUUUAGAAUUAAUUGGAUUAUUAGGUGUUUCUUUAACUAUGGGCACUCUGGACCUGUGGACACUAAAGCACACUUCUUCACCUGUUUAACAAAAUUGAAGCUUGGAAUAGAGGCAUAAUAAAAAUAUUCGGUUACACUUUAUUUUAAGGUGUCCUUGUUACAGUGUAAUUAUGCA